AUGGCCUCGAGCCAACCUUUCGCAUCCCGCUCUUACGCGGGCACCAAGCUCCCAGAGCGUUCUGUCAACACAAACGCCAUGCCGUUCAGCGCUUCGUCUUUUUCCAGGCACCGUGGUCUAGGCGCUACAGCCCCUGCUGAUUUCGGAGCCGUUGAGCCAUCGAAACAGAAUCAGCAGGGUGCGAAUGCUCCUGCGACACAGAGUCAUGGACCCGCGCAGGAUUCUAAUCCUUUGAAUCGCUUGACCGAGGAACAGCGGGAAGAAAUUAAUGAAGCUUUCACCCUCUUCGACCUCGAUCGCGAUCGCCACCUAGACUACCACGAACUCCGAGUCGCUUUCCGCGCUCUAGGAUUCACGCUUACGAAACAAGAACUCAUCUCCCUCUUAACAACAUACGGUGUACCCCGCCCCCAAGUCCAACAACAACAAGCACAGAAUAACCAAACUGCUCAAUCCAAGGGUGGAAACCCUCAACACCCUUCGAAUCUCCUUAUGCCUCUUUCCUCGUUCCAGGCUAUUACUGCCCUCAAAAUCCUCGAACGUGAUCCGCGUGAUGAGAUCCUUAGAGCCUUUGAGCUCUUCGAUGAGGGCCAGAAGGGUUUCAUUGAUCUUGAGGAUCUUAGACGUGUUGCGAGGGAGUUGGGAGAAACUGGACUAGAGGAGGAGGAGCUUAGGGCUAUGAUUGAGGAGUUUGAUCUUGAGGGUGCUGGUGGUGUUACAAGAGAGGCUUUUGUUGGAAUUUGUUGGCAGUGA